CCAAUCACAGCAUGGCAAAGUUCCUUUGCGGAAGGGAGAUGAGAGGAAGAUGGCUGAAGUCAGAUAGUGUAGUGUUGGAGGAAAACAUCCGUCAUGAAGCUUUUUCGGUGGGAAGAUAAGACCCAAUGGCGGCCGCUUGUGUUUACACUUGUGUUCGGCUGUUGUUUAGGCUCCGUGUGCUGCUUGGGACAAAGCCAAGACAGCGAGCUGACGUUUAUGCUACCAGCCGGGAAAUCUGAGUGUUUCUUUCAAACAACAAUAAAGAAUCUUACGAUGGAGAUCGAAUAUCAGGUGAUAGCUGGUGCCGGUAUGGAUGUGAACUUUGAAAUCAUCUCCCCACAAGGCAUCAGACUGGUGGCUGACUCUCGUCGCUCCGACGGAGUCCACAUUGUGGAGACUACAGAGGAGGGAGACUAUCAGAUUUGUUUUGACAACAGCUUCAGUCGCUUCUCGGAGAAGAUGGUGUUUUUUGAAAUACUCACUGAGGCUCAAGCUGGGGAUGUAGUCGUAGAUGAUGAGUGGACUGGUUUGGAAGAGCCUGAUGGAACCCUGCUGGAGUACAAGCUGGAUGACAUUCGGGAGUACAUGGAUACACUGCACAGACACCUGGAACGCAGUCGACACAUGCAGACAGCAUUAAGGGCGUUUGAAGCACGUGACAGGAACCUUCUGGAAGAAAACCUUUGGAGGGUGUCAUUUUGGUCCUGUGCCAGCAUGUUGGUGAUGCUUUGUGUGGCCCUUACUCAGGUGUAUACUGUCCGGAAACUCUUUGAUGAUAAGCGGAAGGUCUACACGUGAGGCGAACUGUGCUGCUAAAUGAAGACAGGCUGCUGAGGUAGACAAGAUGUACUGUACGUCUGAUGACGUUUUGAAUGCCUACAUUUAAAAUGAAAAUGGAAAAAUGAUCCUUUAACCUUUUCCAAAAUAUUUUUACGUCAGUCGGAGGGAAUUGAAAGAGGGAAGCAGGAAUUAAAAUGACAAAGUUGUUUCCAUUCGUGUGACCACAAACCCAAUAUGAAAUUUCUUUUAGAGGCUUGCUCUAUGUAAGCAACAUCAAAGAUUGUAUUCUUUUGUCUCUGCAAUAGUUUUAGGAUUUUUAAGGGGAUUUUCAAGUCUAAAUAGGUCGUAGUUUCACUGUUGUACUACUCCCUUCUAGUGGGUUAUGACUUUGUUGUUUCUUUACUGAUUUGUCAAAUGUGUCUUUUUGCUGCAUUCUUACUGACGGAUGAUAACUAAACUGAGAUUUUAUGCCAUGUCCCAGGCUGUUUUGUGGUCCACAGAAUCAGAAAAAGAACACACAUUUUCUUCACGCUAAAAUGAAUUAAUUGUGGUAAUUAAUUUCUAAAAUGAAUCAGAUUAAAAUGUUUAACAAAUUUAUUGCAUGGGCAGAAUGACUAGCACUCUAGAUCCAAUGAUUCCGCAGUCCAUCCACUUAUUGUUGCUCUAAUACACAGUAAAUAUACAUGUUAUUUACACACACUGCAGGAGUAUAUCAACUCGACGCCCAACAUUUUUGUAGAGGCUCCAACCCCACAAGACAGUAAGUUGGUCUAUGACUGACAAACUAACUGACACAAUUGUCAAACUGGCUGUGAGGGACUGUAGACCAAAUAAUAUUUUUGACGACAAGGGCUUCACCCAAGCCUCGAAAGAAACUGUUGACAAGUGUUUCAUGUCACCAUCAAGAUGCACAAUAAUGUCCACAAAGUGUG